AGGAUACAUCUAUUUUUGGUUUUGAAUGGUCUUUUGAAUGGGAGAAUCAGAAAUACAAAUGGUAAUAAAAAAAAAAAAAAGAAAAUGAAUGAUGACAUUUUUUUUUUGUUUAUUAUUGUAGGGUUCGUGAAAGUCCUAUGCGACCUUCUUUGGAAUGUCGAGCCAUGAUGGGAAGAGGAAAUGACAUUUGUGUUGCUCAAUACCUACCACGUGGUGUAAAGAAUGAAUAUUUUGGUUUGAUGUCUCUGCUUGGAUACAAUUUGACACGAUGCCAAGUAGAAGAUGUACAAGCAAUGGAGCUGAUCUUGAUUACCUCACUGAUGACGAUUUUGGAUAAGGCAGAUGAUAAUGGAUGGAAAAAGGAAACAAGCAGUGGUCAUUUAUUUUUAGAACCCAACGAAAUUCCAAGUAUUCAUCAUCCUGACGAUGACAACCAUCAUACUUUGAAAAAGAAACAAAAGGAACAACUACAAAAGGAAAAGUCUGAACGGAAUAACGAACAACGCCUACAAUGGAUGCUAGAAAAGGAUGUACGACGAUCACAAAAACAACUCCUCAAACAAGGUUACGCUUCACAUCAACAAAGUCCAUUAGGUAGCCCUAAAAUGUCUCCUGUGCCAUCACCAUCAACAAGUACGCAUGACUUACAACAGCAAUUGGAACAUCUCAGUCACAUGUUAUCUACCAUGAAACAUACCAACGAUGCUACAGCCACUUUGCCAUCUUCCUUUGUGCAACAACAAACAUCUCAACUACAAUCCAUCUGGUAUACCAAAGAGGACGAUGACUCUAUCCCUUCUCGCCAUCACAAUUCACUUUAUCGUUCUCAAUCUCAAUCCCGUCGACUACCUGCAGAUCGUGUCUUGCAACAACACACCAAUCAACAUGUUCUCCAUCGUAUCUCGGUCCCUCAUCGUCACGAUCAUCUUCAACGUUAGCAUUGUCUUCUCAUUACUUUAUUUAUUUAUUUAUUUAUUUAUUUAUACCUAUUAGUUUUUUUUUUUUUUUUUUUU